AUGGCGGCGCCCGCCGAUGAGCCGGACGAGGCUUCGCCUCCUUCGCCCUACCUGGACGCGCUGCUGACCAAGCCGGCUCGCAGCGGCCGCACUGGCCAGCGGCCCUUCGGCUCCCUGGGAGAUCAGAUCGAGGUGGACAAGUACGAUGAGCAGCUUGCCGACAAGGUUGAAGAUCUCAAGGCACUCUUCAGAGGAGCCAUUCCGCCAGACGUGGUGGACAGGGCCAAGAUCUUCGCCUCCCCAGCCAGAGAGUUCCGGCACCGGGCGGGGCCGCUGGCCGUGCGGCGGCCUUGUGCAGAGAGGCAGGCCGAGGGUGUCUCCCUCGAGCUGUCGAUGUGGGACCCGAAGGCCGAAGAGCACAGCCUCAUCAAUCCCACAGAGGUGCCCAUAUUCUCGCGGCCCAUCUCCGUAGCCAUGGAGGUGCUGAGGACGCUGCCCAUCCGAGUGGACCCUGAAUUGGGGGAGGGCAACGACGAGCAGGAGUGGACCUGCCUUGACCUCGCUGAUGCUUCCAAGCCGACAGCCUGGGGGCGAGUCAUCGGGCAUGGCUUGCGCUCAGCGCAGUUCCAUUCGACACUCUCUGGCGAACUCAUCGUGUGUCUCGCGUACCACGACGUACGGCUGCGCGACUUAAAACGUGGGCAGCCGCUGCCAGAGGAGGACGAUGCAGCUUUCGAGAAUUCCACCCAAGGAAAGAGGUGGAUGGCCGCUGCACAGGAGCUGAGGAGCUUCCUGUUGCAGGCGAUGGAAGCCGCAGACGUCAAAGGAGCAAAAGUAGAUGUCGUGGGACGAUGGAAGCGAAGGCGUUUAGCAGUCGAGCGGGACUUCGUGCAGGAGGCUUUCGAGCUAGAGGAUGGCCGGAAGCUGGUGUACAAGCAGCCAGAGGGCCAGUUCUCGAACCCGAAUUUGCCUUGCGAGGUGCAUUGCCUGAACUGGCUCUGCCUCCAGGCCAAAGAAGCGAGGAAGGAUGCAUCCGCGGGCAGGAGAGGGGCCGGAAGGUUGCUGGAACUCCAUUGUGGAGGUGGCAACAACACUGUGGCGCUGGCCCCGUUGUUUGAGUCUGUCCGGGCGGUGGAGAUCAACCGCACGUUGGCGCAAGCCGCAGAGGACAACUUGACAGCAAACAACAUCACGAACGCCAAAAUCUUCCGUAUGUCGAGCGAGAGUAUCGACGAAUCGAUCUUCGCUGGUUGUGAUGUGAUCUUGGUGGACCCUCCACGAGCAGGCUUGGACGCCACUGCCCGACAAUGCGUGGCCAAAUUCGAUCAGAUUCUGUACAUUUCUUGCAACCCUUUGGCCCUCAAGGGCGACAUCAAGAGCCUGGGUGAAGGCUUCGAGGUAGUGGCCCUUGCAAUCUUCGACAUGUUUCCCUACACCACCCAUGCCGCAGCUUGGACCAACGAUGCUGGGUUCUGGUUUUGUGACGGCCUCAUGCAAAGUGCACGCAGCGCAAGGAGUGCGCUGUCCGCAUCCGCCGCAGGCGUUUGUGCCACGAUCGCCCAGCAGCAGACGGUGGAAGUUUCUCGUGCUUUUCGUCAUAGAUCCACUUCGAUCUGUCUGUGGGAAGGCCAGUGGCUGAUUUGUAACCUGCAGGAGGUGGAAGGGCUCGGCGACUGGCUGGAGAAGCUCAGCUUGUCCCAGUAUGCGCUGGCGGCGCGGGAAUGGUGCUCCGGCAUGGGGGCGGCCACUGUGGAAGAGAUCGAGGAAAACUGGGAGGAGUUCAGCGAUGCGAUGAACCUCAAGUUCCUGGAGCGGCGCCGCCUGAAGCUGUGCGCUGCUCCGGUGAGCGAAGCAGCGACGCCUGUAGCGCGAGACCGCGCAGAUGCAGAGGAGGAGCCAGAAGAGUUUCAGCGCCACUGGGUCCCUGACGAUUUGUCGACUUCACUGGAGGCAGAGCGCCCCUUCGUCAUGUCUUCAUGCAGCAGCAAACGAGGAGAGCUGCAUAGCUUUGGUGACCCAGACAAUCCCUACACCAUCCUCAAAGAGCUUGGUCAUGGGAUGACGGCCACUGUCUACAAGUGCCGGAGGGACGACCAGAUUUUCGCCGUCAAAGCGAUCGGCCUGUCCAGGCUGCAGAUGCAGCGCGACAAAGAAAAGGCCUUGGAACGAUUGCGCAGAGAGCCAGGUACAGAUUCUGCUGAGGCAGCACUCAUGCACACCGAGAACUGGGGUUCAAUCGAGGAGGUGGUGAAUGCCCCUGUGGAGAAUGUGGCAGGCGAUGCCACGUGGCCGUCGGUGCUGUGCAUGUGGUUGACGCUGCCGCUCAAUCUUAUUCAGGGCUGCAUCGGUGGGCUUUGCAGGUUUGCCAUGGCUUUCUUCGUGCUUGGCUGUUACUGCUGCCGAUGCAUCCCGGGCUGGAUCUGCUGUGCGGCCAUGGCCUCUGUAAAGUGUGGCCGUCCUUGCAUCCUGGCACCUUCGUGGUGGAGGUAUGUAUUGGGGGGCUUCAUCGCGCUCUUGGCAAAUUCCAGGAGUCGUUUGGCCUUGUUCAUAUGGGAGUGGGAGGCGUUUGGAAAAGGAGACCACUACUGGCAUGGGGAAGGAUAUUGGUCAGUCACCUACGAGGAGUGCAGCACAAUCACGAAGUCCCAACAGAAGAGACGGUCAGCUUUUGCAUGCAUCGAGGCCUGUGUUCCUGACCUCUUUGCUUCCAAUAUCCUGCUCUUUCUGCCCACGGGUGGCCCUGAGAGCGAGUGGGCAGCGAUCCGCAAAGUGCUGCACGCGGCGAUGUUGGACCGAGGUGCUUACCACUACACGGAGCGCCUGCAAAAGCUGAGCUCGCAGUUAACUGCCGAGUGGCCAGAGCCAAAACUCACGGACUUCGAUGAUACGGAAAAGUUGCGACUUAUGGUCGUGAAGUGCAUCUUCUUCAUGAUCUUCGGUAUUUGGCUCGACGACAACGAUGCACUGAUCCUGCGCAAGUGGCGAGACUACGCUGUGUUCUUCGUCCUCCCACGGCUGAUUCACCGCUUCAUUUUCAAUUUCGCCAUUGGCAGGGUAAAGCAGCUUCGGGUGGACACAGUCGGGGUCAUUGAAAAGCACGGGCUUCAGCAAAUGUUUGUGGACAUGAACAAGAACCUUCCGGAGAAAUACCGAAGGCCGACGGAUGUGAAGCUGUGCGAUGAGAUCAUGCUCCAAAGCUGCAAC